AUGGACCCCUCGAACCCUGCCACACCUGCUCAGCAGGCGAUUACCAGCUUGGAGCACUUCCGACAGAUUCAAGCUGCGGAGGAGGCAGCUGCAGAGGCAGCCGCAGCCGCCAAGGGGAACACCACCGCCGCCGACUUCCCGCUCGAUCCGGCCGAGCAAUGUGCUUUGAUUGAUCAAUUUGUUGCGGCCCUCUUGAACACGGACGGCAUCGUCGACAACUAUCGUCACGAUCCGACCGAGAACUCUGAAGUGAAGUUCGUCCUUGGUCUUCCGAGAGAGAAGAUAGUGAGAAAGGGUUGGGAAGUUAUGGAUUAUGAUUACAAAGUCCAACGAGGAAUCAUCCACCCUGACGCGUUCUGCCCUGAACUACCCAACUUUAUGACCAGGUGGAGGUUGACCUUGAGCACCUUUCGGAAAUCAAAGGCUGCUUGUUCCGACUUGUUCACCCUCCCGUAUUUGUGGAGGUACACGUGCAAUCCGGUUGCCGAAUUGGAGUUUGGUGGCUCGUACGAGACCAUCAACAACAUCACUACGGUCAGAAAUGCGGCAGGCGAGACCAUCGAAACGCUCAUUAAGCCUCAGAAACGCCUUCUUUCAGAGUUUCUGGACGACGACCUGGCCGCAUUUGCGAAGGCCAAGCGACAGAGAAGGGUUACCGGAUCUUCUUCAACCUUCGGAGCUACAUCUAGUAGCCCUGCAGUGGCGGCAGAAAACCUGCCAAUGAUCGAUAAGCAACUUGCUCAUCAGCAGAACCAAGAGGGAUCAGGACCUUUUAUUGUCUCCAAUGUCCUCAGCAGCCCUGAGCCCGGUUUCGCCAACUACAGCCCUCUUGACCAGUACCAGGCGCCCCAUCACCAACAGUCAUUGGACGGAGAGUUUGGCUACAACUCGCUGGAUCAGUAUCUGACUGGUCCCGAGCCCGGAGCAGAUGCCGGUCCCUUGAUGUGGGAUCAAGAGCAUCAGCAGCCCGACGAUUUCAUGGAUUUCUUUGACCUCGACGAAUACAUCCGCCGUUCCCAACCUAUUGCUGGCAGUUCCCGAGACAAUGGUCGCAGUCAAGCUGGCGAGGGAUCUGAAUCUGCGGAUCAGUCCAAGAACUAG